CGUAUUCAGUUGUGAUUUCAGGAUUAGGGUUUUGGGGGUUCCUUAUAAGGGCACGGAACCUUCCUUUUAAUUUUUUGUAGCUGCUAAAGGGAGAGCGAGGCAGGGAGCGAGCAAGAGAGAGCCAUGGUGCACGUCUCGUUCUACCGCAACUAUGGGAAGACCUUUAAGAAGCCCCGCCGUCCAUAUGAGAAAGAGCGGUUGGAUGCUGAGUUGAAGCUUGUGGGAGAGUAUGGGCUGCGAUGCAAGAGAGAGCUCUGGAGGGUUCAGUAUGCUCUGAGCCGUAUUCGUAACAAUGCGAGGAUGCUUCUGACCCUUGAUGAGAAGAAUCCACGGAGGAUCUUUGAGGGUGAAGCUCUUCUCCGGAGGAUGAACCGUUAUGGGCUUUUGGAUGAGAGUCAGAACAAGCUUGAUUAUGUCUUGGCCCUGACUGUGGAGAACUUCCUUGAGCGCCGCCUUCAGACACUUGUCUUCAAGUCUGGCAUGGCAAAGUCUAUCCACCAUGCUCGAGUGCUCAUCAGGCAGAAGCAUAUAAGGGUUGGGAGACAGGUUGUAAACAUCCCAUCAUUCAUGGUGAGGGUUGAUUCACAGAAGCACAUUGAUUUCUCACUUACCAGUCCAUUUGGUGGUGGACGACCUGGAAGAGUGAAGCGAAGGAACCAAAAGGCUGCUGCUAAGAAGGCUGCUGGCGGAGAUGCAGACGAGGAGGACGAGGAAUGAGUCAUGGGUUUUGGGACGUUGCAUGCUUGGGGGGGCUACUGGGGUCUCAACUUACGUUGAACUUUCAAUAUUUUGGUUGCGCUGUUUAACAUCGUUUUGAAUGAGAAUAGAACUGGCUAGUUGAUAUUUGUGUAAAAUCUGUGUUUCCAUUAUCGAGAAUUUGUGUAGGUUGCAGACAUUGAAAGGCCUUUAUGCUAGUUAUUUCUUUGUGGGAUGUGCUUCUUGGCCAUGUUAAUGGUUUACAAAUCAAGUUGGAACUA